AUGAUGCCAGUGUUUCAACGCCUUGUGAGGUUCAUUGCCUCGGAUGGCCAGAUCUAUUACGGCGAGACAGGGGAUGACUGGCAGUCCGAGUUGGUUGGUAGGACUGUCAAGGUAUUCACGGGGCUUGACCCUUGGGCUCCGGACUUUGAACUGUCCAACCAAUUCGCCACGAUUCAACAAGUAAUUUGCCCAUUGGACAAGGUGCCCAAUGUGCUUGGGAUAGGGCUCAACUACAGGCUUCAUGUCAAGGAAGCGGGUUUUCCAAUGCCUUCAGAGCCAGUGCUCUUCAGCAAAGCAGCGGACUCACUCGCCGGGCCCUACGAGGACGUGCCAUGCCAUCCAGUCGCAAAGGAAGUCGACUGGGAGGGCGAGCUAUGCCUCGUGAUGGGGCGGGACGCCAAAAACAUUCCAGAAGACCAAGAUCCGCUGAGUUAUGUUUUGGGCUACACUGUCGGCAAUGACGUGUCGUCUCGGUAUUGGCAACGGCCGGAGAGAUGCGGCGGGCACUUUAAUUACGCCAAGUCCUUUGACAAGUUCUCUCCCGUCGGUCCCGUCAUAGCGUCCUUGCAGGCCGUGGGAAACCCGGAGGAUCUGAGAUUGCGCACCUGGGUCGGGAACGAGUUGAUGCAGGAUGGCAAAACGAAUGACCUUAUUUUUGACUUGCGGAGAAUCGUUCGCCACUGUAGCAACGGUACAACAUUGAGAAGAGGGACUAUAAUAAUGACGGGGACUCCAAGCGGGAUUGGGGCCACGAUGACUCCUAGCAGGUUUCUCAAGGACCAAGAUGUUGUGAAGAUUGAAGUGGAACGCAUUGGUACCAUCAGAAAUAAAAUGGUUUUUCAGUGA